UUCGGGGUCGGUGUAGAAGAGCUUCUUGUCUAUGUGGUUUCCUGGGUUGGCAUCUCUGUAGCGCUGGUGUGUUUGGCCACCUGUCUUACCACACUGUGCUGCCAGGGGGCGCCCUGGCACACAGACCACAGCACUAUCCACUGCAACCUGUGGGCCAACCUGCUCCUCACUGAACUGCUCUUCCUUGUUGGUGCCAACAAGACGCAAUACACAGUUGUGUGCUCCAUUAUUGCUGGCCUGCUGCACUUCUCGCUGCUUUCAGUGUUUUGCUGGUUGUGUCUGGAGGGGGUGGAACUGUACUUGCUGCAGCGGGAGGUGUUUGAGGGACGCAACUCCAGGAGGAAGUAUUUCUACCUGUGUGGCUACUCCAUUCCUGGGCUCGUGGUGGCUGUGUCUGCAGCCAUAGACUUCAGAGGCUAUGGCUCAAAAACUGC